AUGAGUGAAUGUGCAGCUGAUUUAGUUAGUGCUAAAGAACUAAAGUUUAGUAAACCACAAGAUUCUCAGCCGAAAGAUAUCAACUCUGAGACUGGGGAUGUACCAAACAAUAAUGCCAUUGCUAGUGCUAAUCAGAAAACCCAGAAGGGAAAGAAAAAAAAGCCAAAAUUUAUUCAUGGAAACUAUAAUAGAUAUUAUGGAUAUAGAAAUCCUUCAGACAUUGAAGAUAUUAGAUUAGAAUUCUUUGAUAUUGAAUGGUUUAAAGGGAAGGAUGUGUUAGAUAUUGGAUGUAAUGUUGGACAUUUAACCAUCUUGGUUGCUAAGAAACUCUCACCCAAAAUGAUUGUUGGAAUAGACAUUGACUCUUCGCUUAUAUCUGCAGCUCGUAAAAAUAUUAGGUAUUAUGUUGAAGCCCAAGAGAAAGAAAAGCCAGUAUUCCCUGUGUCAAAUAAUGUAGUAUUUGGUCCAAUGGAAGCCCCACCAUUAAUCAAAUGUUCUAGAUCAGAAUCUUCAAUCUUCCCUCAAAACAUUGUAUUUAAACAAGGAAAUUAUGUUUUAGAAAAUGAAGAUCAGUUAAGUUUAGUGAAAGAGGAAUAUGACACAAUUCUAGCUCUUAGUAUAUCAAAAUGGAUUCAUUUAAACAAUGGAGAUGAAGGCAUUAAAAUAUUCUUCAAAAGAAUUCACAAACAUCUUCGUCCUGGAGGGAGACUUAUUUUAGAACCACAACCGUGGGCUUCUUACAAGAAGAGGAAAAAUUUGACACCAAACAUUAAUUAUAAUUUUCAAAAUAUUAAGUUGAAGCCAGAACAAUUUAGAGAUUAUCUUUUGGCAGAGGUUGGAUUUCAUAAAUGUGAAGUGAUUGAUGUGGUAAAUCAUAAAGCCAAAGGUUUUCGGAGACCCAUUCAGGUUUAUACUAAAUCUGAAUCCAGUGAAAGUGCUAAUGAACCAAACAAAACCCCACGUUCAAAUUAA